AUGAUUGGUCAAGUUGAAAAGUUCUUGAAAGUAGAGCACAAUGAGAGGUCUUGCCAACGUGCCAAUCCCUUAACAAACUUCCGGUCUGAAGGUGAUACUCAAGUGGUCUCUGUGGGCUAUAUAUCCGGCUAUAGACCAGGAUGUCGUCAAGAAAACCAACAGAAAUCGUCGCAAUACGGUGAAAUAUCAACAGAGGCCUUGAAAGUAAGAGAUAAAAGUCUGUGGCUAAGACUUUGUGUCCACAGGCCUCAUCCAAAUGAAUGCUCUGGUGGAGAUCUCGAUGGAGACAACUUUUUCAUAAGCUGGGAUAAAGAUCUCAUCCCAUGUGAAACUGAUCCUCCUAUGGAUUACACUGGAGGGAGAUCGCGAGUAACGGAUCAUGAUGUGACUUUAGAGGAAAUUCAAAAAUUUUUUGUUGAUUACAUGAUCAAUGAUACUCUGGGUGCCAUCUCUACUGCUCAUUUAGUUCAGGCUGAUCGUGAUCCAAUGAAGGCCCGGAGUGCAAAAUGUCUACAGCUGGCAGCCCUUCACUCAAUGGCUGUUGACUUUGCGAAGACUGGAGCACCGGCAGAGAUGCCUCUGGCUCUAAGACCAAGGGAGUUCCCAGAUUUUAUGGAAAGGGUAGACAAAACCAUGUACAUUUCUUCUGGGGUACUUGGAAAACUCUACCGUGCCACCCUUAACUCAGUGAAUCAAAUAAGAGCCAACGAACCCAUUUGGUCAGAGAAGAUUGCUGUAGCAAGCUAUGACAAUGAACUCCAAGUUGAUGGUUUUGAAGCCUUCCUUGGAACUGCAGAAAUUCACAGAGACAUGUACGAGGAGAACAUGAGCAUGCUGAUGAACUUUUACGGGACAAAGACCGAGGAUGAGCUACUGACAGGUAAUAUGCGAAACAAACCAGGGUAUUUGCAAUACUGCAAUAACAGAUACAGAGACAUGAAAGAUCGGAUCUUGCUGUCCGUGAAGAACGUACAGAAGGAGGCUAAAGAAUGGUUUGAGAGUAGCUGCCAGGUAAAUGAACAUCAAAAGUUGGCCUCAGCAUGGUAUCAUGUAACGUACCACCCAACUUAUUGCCGAGAAAGGAUAAAUUUCUUGAGUUUCCCAUGGAUUGUAGGCGAUAUUUUACUGAACAUUAAGUCUGUAAAUAGCAGAAAAGUUGGUGAAUGAACCGCCAAUCUGUCUAUCCAAAACGACCAUUGUACCGUAGCUAUAAAUUGCAUUUCUUUCAUCACUAACAUAACUGUUGAUUAGCAGCUCUUCAAUGUAAAGUGAGGAAACCACAAGGGAUUGGAGGCUUUUCCUUGAGUUUUUUUUUU